AUGACGCUCGCCCGCGACGACUCCCUCGCGCGCUGGGCCUCCGCGCUCGUCGCCCGCGUCGCCGACGUCGACGCCGACGCCUUGGACGUCUCGCUCGAUCGUCUCGCGAGCGCGACGCUGGACGCGCGGGCGUCGAGCCGUGGGCGAACGAACGCGCGAGGGGGACGAACGAGGCACGCGAAUCGUCGUGGCGUCGACCGCGGCGUGGACGACCUCGACGGCGUCACCGUGGGAGACGUCGCGAAGACGAUCGCGAAGACGACGGAUGGGGUCGAUCCGCGCGUGUUCGAGGUGCCGAGGGAUAACGAGCACAGACCGAUCUCCGAGGUGUGGGCGACGAUCAACGCGCGGCGGGAGACGACGACGACGACGACGACGAGGGAUGGCGUGAAGACGGCGGAUGGACGGAUGCUGUCGCUUCCAUCGUUAUCGACGAUGAGUUUCCGGGAGCUCACGGCGGCGUUGGCGGAGGAGGGGGAGAAGGCGAGCGAGGCGACGACGCGCGGACGACGCGCGGCGACGAAGAAGACGAAGACGACGACGAAGACGAAGACAUCGGCGACGAUAUCGGCGACGACGGCGGUGAAACGCUCGAGGAACGGUGUGGUGAAGACGAGGGCGACGCCCGAGGCGAAAAUGGGACGGCGGACGCGAAUGAAGAUUGACACCGUCGCGGUGCCCACCGUCCCGGGCGUGUCCUACGCGCCGAUGAAGUUAAAGCGACGGAGUAACAUCCCGACGCCGGCGAUCCGUCGAGCGUUAGCGCCAAAAAAGAUGGGUCGUCGACCGAAGGACGCGCCCGAGGAGACGGCGGAGGAGAAGACGCUGCGCGCGCAGGAGCGAUUGUUUCGUAACCGGGAGAGCGCCGCGCGGAGUCGGGAAAAGCGACUCGGCGCGCUCAGGGCGCUCGAAGAUGAAAACGCCCAGCUCAAGGGUGAGUUGACCAGGCUAAAGAAUAAACUCGCCAAAUACGAGCGCGCGAACCCGUAG